CUUGUUUCAUUUUUCUUUAUUUUUCCUUAACCCUUCCCUCGGUUCUUUGUUCUCCUUAAUCAUCUCUUAUUUGGUUUAUCUUAUUUGUAUACGAAAUCCAUAAGGGUUACAAAAAGGGUGGUGGCAUAAUCAGCCAAGAGUAUUGUUCAAUGGCAAUCGACGGUGGCUCUCCCUACAAUGACUCAUCGUCAUCUCCAUUCAAAAAAUCCCCAUGGUCAUCUCACAUGGCGAGUAGUUUGAAUUCUUCUGCGGUUGAAGACACCAAUUUCUCUCCUAAUGUGCUGAUGGGUUCAUUGGUACGUGAAGAAGGGCAUAUAUAUUCCUUGGCGGCCUCUGGGGAUUUGUUGUAUACUGGUUCUGAUAGCAAGAACAUCAGAGUUUGGAGGAACCAGAAAGAGUUUUCAGGGUUUAAAUCGAAUAGUGGAUUGGUGAAAGCUAUAGUCAUUGCAGGAGAGAAGAUCUUUACGGGUCAUCAAGAUGGGAAGAUUCGAGUUUGGAAGAUUUCUAACAAAAAUUCAAGUGUUCAUAAACGAGUUGGGACGUUACCAACUUUCAAAGAUUAUUUUAAAAACUCCAUCAAGCCCAGUAGUUAUGUUGAAGUGAAGAGCAAUCGUAGCGCCAUAUGGCUCAAACAUUUGGAUGCUAUAUCUUGCCUUGGUUUGAAUGAAGAUAAAACGUUGCUCUACUCGGCUUCUUGGGAUAAAACGGUUAAAGUUUGGAGAGUUUCGGAUUCAAAAUGUUUAGAAUCGAUUCAAGCUCAUGAUGAUGCAGUUAAUUCUGUUGUUGCAGGAUUCGAUGGGUUAGUGUUUACAGGUUCAGCAGAUGGAACAGUCAAGGUCUGGAGAAGAGAGUUACAAGGAAAAGGAACCAAGCAUUUCUUUUCACAGUCAUUGUUGAAACAAGAAUGUGCUAUUACAGCAUUAGCCGUGAAUCCUGAUGCUACGGUUGUUUACUGUGGCUCAUCGGAUGGGCUGGUUAACUUUUGGGAACGUGAAAAUCAUCUCUCUCAUGGUGGCGUUUUGAGAUGCCAUAAACUCGCUGUUCUCUGUUUGGUAGUAGCUGGGAAUAUUGUAAUCAGUGGAUCAGCUGACAUGGGAAUUUCUGUAUGGAAAAGAUCAGGGAACGAGCAUUUGUGCUUGUCAAUGUUAAGAGGCCAUAGCGGUCCUGUCAAGUGCUUGGCAAUAGAAAGAGAUCAUGAAUCAGCAUCUGGUGAAAAACGGUGGAUUCUUUACAGUGGUAGCCUAGAUAAGUCCGUGAAGAUGUGGCGCAUAUCGGAAAGAGCGCCGCCAAUGAUGCAAAGCCAGCAGCAACCUUAUUCAUCAGACAGCAAUCGUGUGCCAACCACUUUGUCAGUGGCUCCUACUUUCUCUUCUCAGGGCAGAACUAGCCAGAACAAGUAAUGGCGAAGAAUUUCAACCCUUGGGCGUAAUAUUGAUUCAUGACCUAAACUUCGCAUGGUCAUUUCUGGGAAUGGAUUUCAGGUUCAGAUACUUGAUGUGUGACCAAGGACUUGAUUUGGAUUGUUAACUUUAACCGAUAAUGCUUAUGAUUUGAAGUGAAGAUUAGACAUUAAAGAUGUUCAUAGCAGAUUAUUUUUUAUAUAAAAGCAGCCACAGCUGGA